AUGGCUGAGGUGAAACCUACUAUCAACGAUGGCGAGUCAGUGCAGACUGUGCGAACCACGAAUUACCCAGCUAUAGCCAAUGCACCUCUUCCCGCUGAAGGUUCAGCUUCGUUCUCGAACUAUCAACUCGCGUUCGUCCUUCUCGCUGGACCAUGGCUCGUGACGAAGCUCCUUCCAUUCAGGACAGGAUGGUAUUUCUAUUGGUUCCUUUUCAUCUUAUUAGGCGUUCCAAUCGCUAUUGGUUAUUGGACAUUCAAAUCCAAGUUCGGUUCAAGACUUAACGAAAAAAUUCAGUUCCCAGGUAAACCUCUCAGCAACUAUAUCACUUUGAAAGAUGCCAGUCUUCAAAAAUACAAUGAAGUGAAGAAAAUCCCAAUGCAGAUUUUCCACGAUGCUUAUUUUGCUGGAAAAGCAGAUUUCAAUGGUGAUGUAUUAGAAAUCAUGGAAUACAGACAUGAUUGGGCUUCUUUCGAAUUCACUCCUGCUCUGUUCAAAUACGUUUUAUUCAACUUGAUUCCUGAUGUGAUCAUUCAUUCUCAAACUCAAGAUGAAGAACAGGUUCGUGAUCAUUACGAUCGAGGAGAUGAUUUCUAUUCAUGGUUCUUGGGUCCAAGGAUGAUUUACACUUCAGGUGUUAUAUCUGAUAUUAAUCGAAUGGAAACUUUGGAAGAAUUACAAGAUAAUAAGUUAAAGAUGGUUUGCGAAAAAUUGGAUUUGAAGGAAACCGACAGAAUGUUGGAUAUCGGUUGUGGUUGGGGUACAUUGGCUACUUUUGCUGGUAAAAACUAUGGUGCUGAUGUAACUGGUGUCACAUUGGCCAAAAAACAAACUGCAUUCGGUAAUGAAAGAUUACGUGAAAACGGAGUAUCUGAAUCUAAAGGGCGCAUCUUAUGCAUGGAUUAUAGAGAUAUCCCACAUCCUCAAGGUUAUUUCAACAAGAUAUCAUGUCUUGAAAUGGCAGAACAUGUCGGUAUCAAAAGAUAUGGUACUUUCUUGAAAGAAGUUUAUGAUUUAUUAGAUGAUGAUGGAUUGUUGGUUUUCCAAGUUGCUGGUAUUAGAACUUGUUGGCAAUUCGAAGAUCUGAACUGGGGCUUAUUCAUGAACAAAUACGUCUUCCCAGGAGCGGACGCCUCACUUCCUUUAGGAUGGGUGAUCAAACAACUUGAAUCGGCGAAUUUCGAAAUCAAAUCAGUCGACGUAUUGGGUGUUCACUACUCUGCUACUAUCCACAGAUGGUAUUUGAACUGGGUCAGCAACAAAGAUAAAGUCGUUGCCAAAUACGGCGAAAGAUGGUAUAGGAUUUGGGUUUAUUUCUUAGCUUAUUCCACUAUACAAGGUUCAGCAUCAGUAUUCCAAAUUACAGCUCAUAAGAACCUAAACGCUUUCCACAGAGUCGAAGGAAUCCCUUCUCAUGGAGCUAUCCAAACUCACGUAUCUAAGAAAGCUGAAUCCGUCAUUUCUCAUCAAGAAAUGUGGGCGGACCAAACUCUUCAUUAG